UGCAUUUGAAAUUUCGUUUGCAUAGUAUAAAAUAUAUUCUUGGCAUGACCGGACCCCAGUAAUUUAUUUUUAAUUUUGUGUGCGGACCUUUGGUGAAAAUAGUUGAGUAGCCCUGGCCUAAAUAUGGCUUGGGCGGCCAAUGGUUUAAACGUAGCAAAGAUCAGCACUGUAAAAAGUAUUGUGAGCUUCUAUUUAUCGAUUUUAAAUUUAUAACCUAACCAGUCUAAUAUAUAUCCUAUACCGCAUUUGCAACUUGGUUUUACCAAGGCGAAAUAUAGAACUUAUGAGUACAAUUAGACAAAUUGGAGCUUGGUUAUCUUUGCUUCCAUUUAAAAUAAACAAAAGCGACUAGGAAGUGCUUUGUAGUUUCAGGUAUUGUGUUUAUUGAGUGGGAAGUUGUCAUACCCAGUUAAAUGAUGUCCAGUUGUUUGAUAUUGUCAGUCAGGAAGAUUGGUGAAUGAUUUCGAAACUGCGUUGCUUUCAAAAAUUCUUUUAUGCUUCAGUAUCUAAAGUAAACAAUAGAAUUGUCACUGGUAUGUAACCAGAAUUCCAGAAGCUUACGGUAUCAGCUUAAACGCCACCAAUCCCCCAGGCCCGUCAUACACCUUACCGACGUACCACCGCAUUACGUUACGAUCAAUAGAAUAAUUAAUCGAAUAAUGAGUGGCUUAUAUGGUAAAUUAGCAUGUACGAAAAUGUAAUCAAUUGUGUAACUUGGAUAAAUUAUAUUAAGACCAAUUAGUCAUUGUCAUAUGGCUUGGGGCUAUAUUUAAAUCGAUUAUGUCCAGUAAAAAACAAGUUAUGACGAUUUAUAAUUCCGAGAAAUUCUGAAUUAACCGGUUUGACUCUGUUUAACAUUAUUAAUUUGAAGAAUAACAGUGAAUUCUUACUAAAAUAACAAAGAUUAUCCCUAAAAGCCACUGAAAUUAAAGUAUGCAGUAUGAUAUUUACAAAUCACGUUGUUAUAUGCACGCGACAAGUAGGCCAAAAUCGUUGACAUACAUAAUAUGGGCUAUAUCACGAUAUAAAAUGUUGCAGUUAGUACAAUUUGCUAAACGAGGGCAUUUUCUAAGAACUUUCUAAAUAGCGAGCGAAUCUAGGCUAAUCUGGCAGAAUACUUUACUGUGUACUUUAACUGGAGGGCGAUAAUUCACGAUGUGGGAAAUACAUUAUAGCAAACUAGAAUAAAGUUGAAAAUCUGUUCUUGCAGUGUGCUUUAUUUAAUUAAUUUGGGACUGAUUUUGUUAUUUGUCGCAGUAUGUAUGAGCAAUUGAAAUGCAUAGAAGACUUUGAAAAUUUAGCUUCCCAAAAAAUUCCCCCCGACAAUUUGGCAUUUUAUAACGGAGGUGCAGUAGGACAUGAGACAGUCAAAGAAAAUUGUGAAGCAUAUAAAAAGUGGAAAUUUCGACCUCGUCUUUUGAAAGACGUUUCAGAAGUUGAUACUUCAACAAUGGUAUUGGGAUCAAAGAUUCCUUUCCCUAUUUGCAUCGCACCAACUGCCUUUCAUUAUUUAGCAACACCCAACGCAGAAAUAUCUACAGCACAAGCUGCCGAGGCUGUUUGCACUGGAUAUAUACAGAGCUCAGUGAGCACUAAAACGUAUGAAGAGAUUUCUACAAAAGUUCCGGGAUGUUUACGAUGGUGCCAUCUUCAAUUUUUCAAAAACCGUGAAUUGGUCGAACACUUGGUCAGUCGAGCUGAGAAAUGUGGAUUCACAGGAUUCGUAGUGACAAUUGAUCAAGCAGUACUUGGAAAAAGGAUAUACAGAACACCGGACGGAAAACAUGCUGUCACAUCACAUCUACAACCUAUAAACAUGACUGAAUCAUGGAAAGCAAUCGGGAAAAAGGAUCCUUUUAUAGUGGAUAAAUCGUUCGACGAUCGUGCGCAAUGGGAUUCCUUGGACUGGCUGAAGAGCAUUACAAAGUUACCGAUGGUCGUCAAAGGAAUAUUAACAGAGGAAAUGGCCCUUGAAGCAAUCAAACACAACGUUUAUGGGAUUAUUGUUUCAAAUCACGGGGGAAGACAGAUUGACGGUACUUUUUCAACAAUUGAUUCGCUACCAGAAGUAGUGAAAGCAGUGAAUGGUAGAUGUGAUGUUUACUUGGAUGGUGGAAUUCGUAAAGGAACAGACGUCGCAAAAGCAAUUGCUCUGGGUGCUAAAGCUGUUUUUGUAGGAAGGCCAAUACUUUGGGGACUAGCGUGUGAUGGAAAGACAGGAGCUCAACGAGUGUUAGAAAUUUUGAGAGAUGAAUUUACUUUAACUAUGCAACAACUAGGUGUAACGUCAAUCAAAGAACUACAAUCAACUCCAAAUUUAGUCGUUCAUGAAUCUUUUGUGCUUCGGAAGAGGUUGAAUGAAGAGUUUAAUUUGAAGCAACAUAACUUCUGGCAUUGAUUGAUUCCACAGAAUUUCUACGGAAUAGGGCUGUUAAAAUCCUCUGCUCGUUUGAAUCUAAACAUAGUAUAUAACAAAACCGCCAUUCUGAAGCUUGCAGAUAUUUAUAAAUUAUCGGCCUGCAAGCUGAUUGACAAAUAUCACAAUAAUUGUCUACAUAUCGCAUUUGAUGGUUAUUUUAUCAAACGAAGUAAUAUACACUCAUACAACACAAGAUCAGCCUACCCGCACAUUAUUAACUUUUGUGUUAGUAUACUAUAGUUAUUAAUUUCUAAUAUAUACUAGCAAUGGAGAGUACCGGCACCGGUAUUGAUUCAAGGAGGUUGUAUUUUGUGCUGUUCAUCUCUAAUUACAACUAAUUCAUGAUAUUCCGUAACUAAUAUAUUCAAACUCGCACUAUUUCGUCAGAUUUAUUUUCUGCUCUAUUUGUACUCGUUAAUUUUUAGCCUACUUACACUCUUGACAAGUCAGAUAUUUCCUUGAAUAAUGACCAUUCAUACGCUGUGCACCUGCUUAGGCAACGAUCAGUUUCAUGUGAAUUUAUUGUCUAUUCAUUCCGGUACCUACUACAUUUUUGUUGUGCAUAUAUAUAUUUUAGAUAACCUGCAAUUGUAGAAGCUGAUUUGCUGAUAAAGUGAUAGACUACCGUUGUAUUUCUUUAUUAUAUAUAUAUAUAUAUGUACAAACAGUACAGUGUCAACUUGAUUUACUGUACCUGGAAGUGAUUUUCCUUAUUUCUGCACACUCUUGCCACUUCACAUUGUAACCACGUGGGUGACUAUAAAUCAACUCCAAAUUUCCCCAACCUAUUUUUCAGGACAGUGACACUUUCAUAUCGUCCCGUCUGUGGUCUGAUGGCUCUACAAUACAAUUUCUAUCUCUAGUUAGAUAUUUUAGUUAUAUAAUUCGGCAAAACCCUACUCACAAACAAUUACAGUAGUUCGGUAGAUAAAAAUUACGUUUUUUUUUUCGAUUACAACCUAGCUCGAUAGCCAGCUUUGGUCCCCCACAACCUCGAUUAAAAUUAGGAAAGACUUCACGUUUGCAGUGAUUCUUCCAUUUUAAAUUCCCUUAAUUUUGAAUUAUGAGACACUUUAAUUCCCAACUUGAAUACAAUUGUAUCUGAAUAUCCAGAAA